GGUGAGCAAUAAUUUCGCUUCGAAGCAUUCUACUUUAGGUUAUCCCGAAACUUUUGCUCACUCACUGUACCUGAUGUUUCGCACUCCGUACGAAGUAUCUUCCCCACAUCCUGUCCCUAUCCAACCGAAAUUGAGGCAAGCUGUCAAUAAGGUAUCCGCAACUUCGAAACUACAGCUCAACCCUUUGAAACCCCACUACUCGUGUGCCCUUCCGACUCGCUUCCUUCUCCUCACCUACUCUCUCCUUAUUCUUCAUCACAUAUCCCCCUAUAUUUGCUAUCUACAUCGCUUACGGAUCAAGGUAAGUCGCAAUUUUUGUUAUUCUGCUUGCCCUUCAAUUAUCCAUGGGAUCGCCAUCUCCAAUUGCUUCUGCUGUUUAUGUCUUUACCCAGCCUUGGCCAGCUCCAUAGCAACGGGGGGGCGGAAUGGGGUGCUGCGGUUAUCCUACAGUAUCACAGCCAAGGAACCCUAUUCCUACCCUUCCUUAUGCAUGGGGCUCUCCUGAGGCAUUGCUGUCAUCUCUGUAUUUCCAUUUCCCUACCGUUUCCAUUGCUCUGGACUCGGGUUCUGUCUGUUCCGCACUUUAGUUUGACACGAUGACCUUGACC